AUGCAUUAUCUUCGUACUAGUCUCUCAGGGGAGCCAGCUCAACGCAUCGCGAAUCUUACGAUCCCGGAAACGAAUUGCGGAAAGUAUUGCGGGGGCCUCCAUCACUCGAUGCUCCACAACCAGACAUCGAGUCAGCCUCAACGUCCAGCUCAGCAGAGGCAACAGACCAACUCAACCCAGCAAAAGGCCGUUCCGGUGGUGACCUACACCCACGAGAACGACAUCCCCAUGGUGGUGACUGGUCACCACUCAGAUUCCGGAUCCGCUCCAGACUUCCGCCCUGGGGUCCUUCUGGCUACCAGCCUUGCGCUUUUGGUACGCCCAGAUCAGCCAGCUCAUCAGGUUCGUCUACUCAUCGAUCCAGGGUCGGAAAUCUCCGUCAUCUCAGACCAGCUCGUUCGUCAGCUUGGGCUGUUAAGGCUCAAGACACAGCUACGAAUAUCGGGGAUUGGAGACACGGCAUCUGGGCCGGCAUUAGGCAAGGUUCGGCUCACAAUACAGUCCACUUGCUCUCACUUUCAGCUCAGAGUUUCUGCCUAUGCUCUCGGCCAGCUCACAACCUCAUUACCGACAUUCUCACCAAGUCAGCUCACAUGGGAUCAUCUGGAAGGACUCCAGCUCGCUGAUCCCGAUUUUCUCACACCAGCACCAAUUGACAUCCUUCUUGGCGCUGAUGUCUAUGGACAACUCAUCUUACCACAAGUCAUCACCAACGGACCAAACUCACCAUCGGCUCAGCUCACGCGACUUGGAUGGAUCGUAUUCGGACCAACGGAAGGUCCUGAUACUACUCAAGUAGCAACUUCUCAUCUAACGGUCACCAACGAGGAUCUCAACGAACUGCUCACCAAAUUCUGGAUCCAGGAAGAGAUCCCUGGGACACCAGAGGUUCAGCUCAACGAGGAGGAAGCGCAGUGUGAAGAACACUUUCAACGGACCCACUCACGAGAUGCAUCUGGCCGCUACAUUGUUCGGAUACCGCUCAAAUCUCCAGUUUCCUCGCUAGGAGAUUCACGAUCGUCUGCACUCGCUUGCCUCCAUCGUCUGCUCAGGAAACUCUCACGUGAUGAGGUUUAUCGUCAGCUCUACACGGACUUCCUCAGGGAAUAUGAAGAGCUCGGCCACAUGCGUCGAGUCUCCGGACAGCUCGCUAGAUCAGCUCAUCAGCGCCAGCUCAAUGGGGGGGCACGGGCACCGAAAUGA